AAGGGUUCAACAACACACACAUAACACAAAACAUCUCAUAAUCCAAUUUAUUUCACUUCAUUUCCUCUCUCUCUCUCUCUCUCUCUUCAUGCUUCCAAUAGUCAAAAUCCUCACAAUAUCUACUACUCUGAUAGUAGUACCCCUACUGGCUCUCAUCAGAGACAUGGUAGGUUGCGAAUCCUCGAACAAGGCUCGAAUCCUUUUCGAGUGAGAAACGCAAAAUCUUCGACCUUUUCAGGAUUUUCAUUGAUUUCACUCACUCAACCCCGUUGUCAAAAAAUGGAUUCAAUCAAUUUUUAUGACAUCAAAGCUGAGAAGGCAAACGCAAUCUUGAAAUACCGCCAGCUUCGAAAAAUCGCAAAACUCUUUCGGUUGAUAGAGGUGCUUGCUGUUCUGCUCCUGCUUUCCAGGUUUUCUGUCCAACUCCCUCAGGCUGUCAAGAACUCUGCCUCUUACUUCAAAGACAUAUCCGGCUUCAUGGUAAGUCCUCGCUUCGUGUUUGUCGUUGGAAAUGUAAUAGUUAUCAUUCUCUACGCCAAGUCGGGCAGAUUUUCAGCUAAAGACUCUAGCACAGACAGCUCGGGUGGUGAUCUUUACGAAGAGUUUGUUCAGAACAGCGAAAAGAAUCAAAAACUUCGUGGCGAUGGGAUUGAGUACCAGGCCAUAAAAAAAAGGCCCGAGGAUAGUAUAGUUUCUGAGCAAGCUCCUCAUACUUCGGAAGUCAAGAAGUUCACAAGGAGUCAGUCAGAGAAUUUAGAACGCGCGGUUUGCAAGAGCUCGCGGCACUUACUGAAACGAUCAGAGACGGAGAAAUUCAAGGAAAAUGUUCAGUCUGGCGGGAAAUUGGUAGGGAGCGAGUACCCCGAAGACGGUAUGAGUAACGAGGAGUUUCGAAGCAAGGUUGAGUCCUUCAUUGCAAGACAGCAGAAGUUUCGACUGCAAGAAGAGUUCUCUGUAAACUAGGGUGAAAUAUGGGGAAGUCUCUAUUUGUGUUCCUUAUUUUCUUCGUUUUUUGGGGAUUUUUUUUUUUGGGGGGGGGGGGGGGGGGGGGGGGGGUGGUGGUAUUUCUAUAUGUAUUUGUACAUAGCUAUAUCAAGAGUGCAAUUAAAAUUUACUAUAGUUUGUUCAUA